AUGGCGUUAUUUUAUGGUAAGGAUUGUGAUUCAAAAGUGUAUCUGAGAAGGGAUUUUAAUGCGGAAAAUGUUGUUUUAUUGAUCUCUUAUGUUGUUGGCCUCAGUGGAAGGCAUAAAGGCGCGACUGAGUAUCCGGGCGAACAGCUGUGUGCAUACUGUUGCAACCAAAUGGCCACCGCAACUGAAACUGCGACUGCUGCUGCUAAUGAUACGGCCAUUUUUACCGCGCUUAAAUUUCAUAGUUAA